CAUAGAAUAAAAGCCCACAAAGGCUAAAAACUCAAAAAGCAACCAGCAAAACCUAAGCGGAGGCUCAGUUUCUUUACACCGUCCCUAAAGAAAGCGCAUCGAUAACUUAAAGCUCCUCUUUCCUGUUGAAGAUCCUAACCUAGAUUGGUUUUGGACCAUGUCUGCGGCAGUCUGUGGAAGCAAGAGGUCGUUCUUCGAGGAUAUUCCUUCGCCGCCGGUUUCCAAGAGGAUUCGAUGCUCUUCGACUUCUCCGAUUCGUUUAUCGCCUCCGAGUUUGCUUGAUCAGCUCCGGUCUAUAUUCCCUCUCAUCGAACUUCAGAUCCUUGAGAGAGCACUGGAGGAAUGUGGCAAUGAUUUGGACCUCGCAAUCAAGAGCCUUAACGACCUUCAUUUCGCAUCUGCAGAGGGAAAGUCAGGUUCUGCUGAAGAAUUUGGUGCAAAAGGGGUCAAAGGAGGUAGACAGGCCAAAAAGAAAGAUAAAGAACUGAAAAAUCA